UCCCAUUUUACUGCUAGUCGCGGUGAAUUGCUUGUGCAGUAAAAAUCUCAGAGACUACUUCGGUUUUGUAAUAUGUGAAGAAUGAAGAUUUGAAUUUGCAUCUAAAUUAACUAUUAGGCUGACUGCGUCGAUUUGUUCAUGAUAAAAACAAUGUCAGCCAAAGUGUGGGGGUGGCUGGUCAUUUCACUCAUUAUCAAUUUUAGCGAAGGCUGGCUGGAUGAAAGACCGGUACUAGAAUCAAUAAAUGGCAACUUGUACAUAUCAAGCGCCAGAGACAAAAAUAUAACAUUGAAAACUCUUGGAUCUGGGAACGUCAAUAUAAAUGAUAUCAACCUUCUGCAAACUGUCUGGGCGGCUCAAAAUGCUUCCCUUCUGGUUGAACGUUGGAAAGUUGGCAUACUUGACGACGUUGAAUCGACUUUGCAACGUUUGACUCACAUUGUCGAAGGACCGAAUGGAUUGGUGAGAAAGCUGAACGCAAUCGAAUUUCCUGGCGAUUCUACCGUAAACGCCUCGACCAUCAACCGACCAACAUCACCAGAGACUGAAGCUUCUACCGCUGUUUCAGCAAGUCGAAUUAGAGCAUUGAACAGCAGAUUACGACGCCUAGAAAACAAAGUUCGAUCUAUCACUUCAAAGCUGCGCACGAAUAAUUGCGCCAGUGAUCCUUGUCAAAACGGCGGAACGUGCAUCAACGGUUACGAUUCAUUUCAGUGCCACUGCCCACCCGAAUGGGAGGGAUCGCUGUGCACAGUAGACGUCAACGAGUGCGAUCACUUAGCGGGACGACCAGGUGGAUGUCAGAAUGGAGCCACUUGUGUGAAUCUUCCUGGUACCUUUAGAUGCAAUUGUCCGACGGGUUGGCACGGGUUUCACUGUUCCACUCAAAAGUCAGUGUGCGAUCAAGGAAAUGAUGCUGAGCUUUGCGGAAACGGUAUUUGCAUCAAGAGCAGCUCGCCUUUGGGAUAUACUUGCAUAUGCAAAACGGGUUGGGAUCACUUGGGUGACAGCGAUCCGUCUUGUCGCAAGGAUAUCGACGAAUGUACGUCUAAUCGAUACCCGUGUUCCGUCAAUCCUCUCGUAACCUGUCACAACGUACCAGGAACUUUUUACUGUGGAACUUGUCCAGCUGGAUACACGGGAGACGGCUUUAAAUGUCAGGAUAUCGACGAGUGCUUAGUCAAUAACGGUGGAUGUAGUACGACACCUUUUGUAGAGUGCAUCAAUACGCUGGGUUCCAGAAAAUGCGGAGCUUGUCCAAGCGGAUAUCAAGGGGAUGGUGUCAGCUGCUACUACACAGGUUCUUGCAAUAUAAACAACGGAGGCUGCCACUCUUUGGCUACCUGUCGGGAGGGUCCGAAUUCGGAAACGAUAUGCACAUGUCCAACGGGUUAUCAAGGAUUGGGUAAAGGUCCUCGCGGCUGUGUCCCAGCGGAAAAUGCUUGCAGAAGUAAUCCUUGCGUUCACGGAUCGUGCAACUCCCAUGGACUCGAUGGAUUCAGUUGUACUUGCAGCGCAGGCUACACUGGUACCAGGUGCGACGUUCCCAUCAAUCCAUGCAUUCCGAAUCCCUGUCAAAACAACGGGAUCUGCCACACUACUCCUCUUGGCAGACGGUACUGCGAAUGCACUUCCAGCUACAGCGGCCCAUUGUGCGCUACAGCGAGACAAUCCUGUGGAGGAUUUUUCAGAAAUCCUGUCGGUUAUGUCGAGUUCCCGGUUGGAGCAGGCAACAAGUAUGAUCAUGGACUCAGUUGCGCUUGGGUUUUAUUGACGAAUCAAACCAUGGUUUUGAACGUUACAUUCACGAGAUUUUCCUUGGAGACUUCUCAUGGCGGGGACGAGUGCAAGCACGAUUACGUUCAGAUCCACGAUGGAAAGUCAGCGGGAAGUCACAUUUUCGGCAGAUAUUGCGGCAAUAAGUUGCCAAACAACGGGACUAUUAUAUCCACCCACAAUUCUCUUUAUAUCUGGUUCCACUCAGAUAAUACGAUCAACAAAGAGGGAUUUGCAUUUAAUUGGACUUCGAUUGAACCCGUUUGUGGCGGUGUAUUGAACGAAGAGUAUGGAUCGAUAUCGUCUCCUGGAUAUCCAGGAAAAUAUCCUACCAAUAGAGACUGUUAUUGGACUAUAAAUGUCAUGCCUGGCAAGCGGAUCGCUUUGCAUUUUAUAAAUUUAAUGCUCGAAGAGCACCCCACUUGCGGAUUUGAUUACCUGGAGGUAAAUGAAACGAACUAUGCCGGUGAACGCCAACUCGGAAUUUUCUGUAAUCACACGAAACCUGCACCGAUCACUACAUCAGGAUCUCACGUGACUAUUCAUUUUCAUUCUGACAACUCAGGAACUGAUGAUGGCUUCCACUUAUCAUUUUUAAGUAUCGCUGGAUCACCAGAUUGUGGUGGGAUAUUUACCACUGAGAGUGGAGAAAUAACAUCGCCGGGAUAUCAUUCAGGAAGUUACAAGCCCGAUUUAAUUUGCGAAUGGGAAAUACGUUUACCAGAAAACAGUCGUGUUAAAAUAAAUUGGUUACAUUUCGACGUAGAACAAUCACGCAAUUGUAUGUUUGAUGCUGUAGAGGUAUUCCAAGGAGCGACUACCGACUCUCCACUAGUUGGAAGGUAUUGCGGGUCGAGAAUACCUCCAACGUUAUCAGUUAAAUCGAACAAAGUCCUCAUCCGUUUUGAAAGUGAUAUGAGCCUUGAAGAAGGAGGCUUCGUUGUGAAAUAUGAAGUUGAGUGUGGCGGAACAUUUACGGAACCAUCUGGAAUUAUCAAAUCACCUUACUAUCCUAAUUAUUAUCCAGCAUCAAAAGACUGCACUUACUUGAUAUCUCAGCCGCCGGGAAAGGCGAUUGUAUUAACUUUUGAAUUUAUGGACAUUGAGGAGGGGUCUACUAUUGACAAUAAAACAGAAUGCUACUUUGAUCGAAUUGAAAUUCGAGAUGGCGAUACAGGAAAUUCCACUUUAUUAUCAACACUUUGUGGACCAUCGCAUUUUAUGCCUGAAGAUCCUAUUAUUUCAAGUCACAAUUACAUGUUCCUUGAAUUUUUCACGGAUGCAAGUAUUCACAAUCUUGGUUUUAAAGCAAAUUAUACAACGAUCGAUAGAGAAUGCGGCGGCAUUUUAAAAGAUGGGCCAGGGACCCUUAAUAUGCCAGGAGCUGGUAAAACUUGGCGUUAUAAAGCUGAUUGUCUGUGGACCAUACGAGCACCGCCCCGUCAUUCGAUCCAAAUCACAUGGUUGGCUUACCCACUACGCCAGUCAUAUGUAUCCAACGAAUGUGGAGCUAAUUACCUAGAGUUAGUUGAAGAUUAUGGAUCGACGAAUCCAAAAUCUUUAGGAAAAUACUGUCCUUUGCGACCACCGCCACAACUCAUGACCACCCAAGGAAAUGAUUUGACACUACAUUAUAAAUUCACUGGAGAUAUUUCGGAUUUGAAUUAUGAAGCAACUUAUGUUUUCGUUAAUGAUACCCAUCAUUGUGGAGGUCACUUCUACGCUGAAUCCGGAUCAAUAAGAUCGCCAAAUUAUCCUGAAAGAUAUCCCAAAAAUAAAGAGUGCGUCUGGAUCAUUGAAGCUAAGAACAAGUAUUUGAUAAGUCUUUCUGCUACUUCUUUUGAAAUAGAAUUGUCGCCGAACUGUGCUUACGAUUACUUGGAAAUAAGGAGCGGUUCUCAAGAAAAUUCUCCUCUACUUGGAAGAUUCUGUGGUCAAACUAUAAAUCAAGAAAUUGUUAGUAUGACAAAUCAAAUGUACAUAAAGUUUGUGUCGGAUUCGUCCUUGCAAGAUGCGGGAUUUGAGCUCGAUUGGCAUAGCACUAAGACUGGUUGUGGAGGAAGUUUACGCACGUCUUCUGGAUCGAUUAUGUCACCGAAUUAUCCACAAAAUUACUACCACCGUGCUGCUUGUACCUGGGAUGUUCGCGUUGCCGCGGGAAGUGCUAUUCAAAUUACUUUCAUAGAUUUUGAUAUUGAAGAUCAUAUUAAAUGUGGAUUUGAUUACUUGGAAAUAUCGGACGUAAUUAACGGAUACGUUCAAAAUCCGCGCAGAUAUUGUGGGUCUACUAGUCCACCUAAUAUAGUAACAGACAGUAAUCAUAUCAAGAUUACUUUCCGAACUGAUGUGUUAACUAAUUCACGCGGAUUCCAUUUGAGAUACACAACUGAUUGCAACAAUAAAGUUACUGGAUUCCAAGGUGUCAUAGAAUCUCCCAACUUCCCAAAUUCAUAUGAUAACUUGAGCAACUGUUCUUGGACAAUAUCAGUUCCUCCAGGGAACACUGUUAAUUUAACAUUUUCUCACUUUAAUGUACAAACAGAUAAUAAUGGAAUUUGUACAAAAGAUUAUGUUAUGCUUCAAGAAGGCGACAAUGAUGAACCCAACACUCAAAUUAUGAAAAAGUGUGGAUACGAGAAUGAAGUAUUGCCUUUAAAAAUCUCUUCAACUCAGCGACAGGUUUUCGUAUCAUUUAUAUCGGAUAGAAGAAGGGUUGCGGGUGGCUUUAGAUUGGAGUGGUAUGUGGACGGGUGCAGCAAACACUUUACGAAACCCUCUGGCUAUUUUACAUCUCCUGGUUUUCCACAAGGAGACAAAUUUCCACAUUCCAGUGUAUCAUGUCAGUGGUUAAUUGAAGUUGAUUCAGACCGCAGUAUCGAAUUAAUAUUCCAUAAACUCGAAACUACUAGAAACCAUGCUUGUAGUUACGGUAGUUCUGGCGCUGUGGAAGUAUAUAAUGGCCAGGAUGAAAAAGCACCACCACUAGCUCAUAAUUUAUGCUACUCAAGCACACCUGUAACUUUGACUAGUAGCGGAAAUCGUAUGUUUAUUAAAUAUUCACAGGACACUGCUUAUGCUAGUUAUGGCUUUGAAGCAAUGUAUCGUACUACUGCGAUCAAAUGUGGUGGUAAAUUUACUGGACAAUCAGGAGCAAUCCAUUCGCCGAAUUAUCCGAAAAACUAUCCAAGCAACCAGCAAUGUGAAUGGCUCAUAACUGUUGACAAAGAUCAUGCAGUGAACCUGACUUUUGUAGAUUUAGACUUUGAAGCAACCAAAAAUUGCACAAAUGACUAUAUAAAGAUUUAUGACGGAGGUUCGAAAGAAGCUCCCCUCCUAGCAACACAUUGUCAUAAUGGAGACGUAGCAAUCUAUUACGUUUCAAGUGGUAAUCAAUUGUUAGUUGAAAUGAGAACUGAUGAAUCCAUAACAGCGAAGGGUUUUAAGGCUCUUUACAAUCGUACAUGUGGAGCUACGAUUUCUGUAGAUGGUCAAGGAAUACUGCGUUCUUCUCCAACUCUUCAUACAUUAGAUUCAAACUGCACUUGGAUCCUUGCAGCCAACGACCCCGGUGACAAAGUCACUUUGACCUUUAGUCAUUUAGAUUUCGAAAGUCAAGAUUGUUCUGAAAAUUAUUUAGCCAUCUACGACGGAGAAGGUUCGGAUGGUCCUUUAUUAGGGCAAAUAUGUGAUAACAAAAUUCCAACACCUUUCUAUAGCACUGGCAAUGCACUCACAGUACACUUAGCUUCCUCCUACGGGCCAUCCGUUGGUGAUAAGUUUGAUGCAACUUAUUCAACACUUAGUACAGCUUGUGGGGGAACAUAUACAGCAGAAAGUGGUACUAUUGCAACUCCAAACUAUCCUCUUAGUUAUCCUAGUAAAGCAGACUGUAUUUGGGUUCUUCAAAAUGCACCCGGAAAUAGAAUUUCUUUAUCAUUUGAAGACUUCGAACUAGUUGAUAGUGCAAACUGUGAUGUCGAUUACCUUGAAAUACGAGAAAAUGAUGGCGUUGGAAAACUAAGAGGCGUUUUUUGUGGAAAGAAUAUAGAAAGUAUUACGUCAUCUCAGCCAAUAUGGAUGAGGUUUAGGAGCGCUUCAAAUUCUAUUGGAAACCCAAAAGGUUUUAAGGCAGAAUAUAGCUAUCUCUUUGGUGAUGAGAUUGCUGGUGAUUUCGGUGAAAUCGCAUCUCCAUUGUAUCCACAUCCUUAUAGAAAAAGCAAUACAUUUACAUGGCGUAUAACUGUCGAAUUCAACUACGUCAUACAAUUAGACAUUUUAGAGCUAAGUUUGGAUAAUUAUGAAGAAUAUUGUUACACGUCAUUAAAAGUAUACGACGGUUAUAACGAUGAAGCGCCUCAACUGAGAGAAUUGUGUGGAAUUCAAGUUCCCGAUGAACCCAUUACAUCUACAAGUAAUGUGGUGUAUUUGGAAUUUGACAGCACGUACGAUUCUGUAGGGAAUUUAUUCCGCCUGAAAUGGAUGAAAGUUCCUAAAACGUCUAUUAGCGAUGAAACCGAAGUUUUUCGAGAUGCUAAGAAUGAAGUCAUUAUUUUGACUCAUAACAAUGGAAGUUACUCAUUGCAUUCACCAGGUUACCCAGAUGGUUACGAAAAUAAUCUCAGACAUUCCUGGACCUUUAUCUCACCUGUUGGAUCUCAUUUAGUUCUUAGAUUUUUAACAUUAAAUAUCGAAGAAUCAGAGGAGUGUCUCACAGAUUAUGUAGCUCUUUACAAUGGACAUGUGACAACUUUUGAUGGUCCUGAAAAACCAUUUAAGAAGGUUUGCUUAUCCAACGCAACAUUAAUAAACUAUUCAGGUACCAAUGUCAUGACGGUACAAUUUUUCACUGAUUCCUCGCAAAACAAAACUGGAUUUUCUGCUGUCGUACUAACAGAAUGCGGAGGAACUAUCGAGAAAUCUAUGGGGGUAAUCCAAGUGAAUAAUAGUUUAGAAUUUGCUAGACCGCGUCCAUAUAUUUAUAAUUGUGAGUGGGUCGUAAAAGUAAGGCCUGGAAGACGAAUCGCCGUUAAGGUUAUUGCGAAUAAGAUUGAGAGUAGUCAAAAGAAAAUUGAUGACAACUCUUGUAGAUCAAAUUAUCUAAUGUUAAAAAAUGGAGAAUCCUCUAGCUCACCACUUUUAGGAACAGGCAAAUAUUGCAAUGGAGUCAUACCUUCUGUACAAAAUACUAGUAGUAAUUAUCUUUACGUUAAAUUAGCUGUUUCUUUUGCAUGGGUUGAUUUUAAACUACAGUUUAGCGAAUUGGGUCAUGAUUGUGGUGGAAGAUUCACCCUAAACAAAGGAACAGAUUUACAACAAGAGAUAACAUCUCCAAACUAUCCUAACAUUCCUUCUCCCCAUAUUGAAUGUGUUUGGACUUUCAUGAGUGCCGAAGAAAACCGUCUAUCGAUACACUUUUUAGACAGAUUUGAUCUUGCAUUUAGUGAAGAUUGCGAACAGGAGUAUGUUGAAAUAAGGGAUGGAGGUACAGACAUGUCAACUUUAUUAGGAAGAUUCUGUAAGAAUACACCUCCAAGUAGUUUAUCAACCAAAGGAAACUUAAUGUAUGUUCGAUAUUAUACCGAUUUACCUGAACCCAGGAAUGGAUUUAAAGCUUUAAUAACAACUGGAGAUGUUUGCGGAGGUAUUGAAAGAGAAAGUCGUGGAGGUAUAAUAUCUUCACCUAAUUGGCCGGAAAGCUAUGAUUUCAAGAGUCACCAUUGUAGCUGGUGGAUCAUGGCUCCGAACGCAAAUCGAGCUAUUAAGCUUCAAUUCCAAGAUCUUGAACUUCCUAUUCGUCGAAAUUGUUCAAGCACAGAUCAUAUCACAAUUUAUGAGAAACUUCCAGGAGGUUUUAACAGUAAUAACAAUUAUACGAAAAUAGGGACUUAUUGUGGAAAAAAUAAACCAGGCGUAAUUGAUGUUGUGACCAGCGAGGCUUUAGUGGUCUUUGAAAGUUCUUUUACCAAUUCAAGGCUUCCUUUCACUAGAGGAUUCCGACUGAAUUACACGUUUAAUAGUGAUGGUUGUGGUGGUACUUUUGAUGGUAUGCGUGGAGUAUUUCAAACCAACGGCUAUCCGCGUCCAUACUCAUCAUACAAGUAUUGCCAUUGGAAAAUUUCGGUCCCUAUAGGCUAUCAAGUCAAGGUCGACAUUCUGGAUCUAGAUAUUGGCGGGGAUAAAUAUUCCAAGAGUAGUUACGCUUCGUUCCAUCAUGAUCCUGAUUCAAUAGCAAUGAUAGCCACGCUUCGAGGUGAUAACAGUAAAUCAACGAGUAUAUCUAGUUCUUCAAGGUAUAUGAGUGUAUAUUACAUAUCAACCGGAGGUCAUCGAGGAAUGAAAGCAAGAUAUACUGCAGUUUUGCCAGCUCCUUGUGGAAGAGAAUCAAAUAGUUGGGAAGAUACUUUCAGUAGUCCAGAUUUUGCUCCCUACAAUGAAUCUUCGUUUUACUGCGAAUGGGCUAUUAAACCACCAGAAAUGGCAGACAAAACAAUUGAUUUAACAUUAUCUAUGACAGUUUCUGGCAUAAUAAAUAAAGGAAAAGGGUCAACUUCAUGUAGGAAUUAUUUGUCAUACAUAAUGAUCAAAGGAGAAGAACCAGUGGCCAAAAUUUGCGGAAAUCUAACCAAGGAUGUUAUAACUGUAUCGAGUCCUUUUAAACAUCACACUAUAGAGGCUAUAAACGCCACCAUCUCGGGUAAAGUCAAUUUCACUAUAAAUUAUAAAUGGCAUAAAUGCGGAGGUAUUUUGACGGGACCAUCGCAUAUCCUUCAAGCACCAACAAAUAUUUCUUAUCCUGUACAUUGCUCAUGGAAAGUCAAAUAUCCGAGUAACGAUGAAACAGUAUUAAUAACAUUCGAAAAAAUGAAUCUUGGGCCUUGCGAAAAGAGUUUUAUACAAAUCAAGGGUAGAACAUAUCGAUCACCAAUUUUAGGAAAAUUCUGCGGGAAUGUAAAGCCACAGAAUAUUGUCACUCCCACAAACGAAUUCACGAUCGAAUAUUACGCAACUGAAGAAGUAGGAGAUUUCGAACUUUUCCUUGAUCCGGCAAACUAUGCUUGUGGAGGAGUAAUGAAGGGAAAAAGGACCAAUAUACGUUCGCCAGGAUUCCCAAAAAGCUAUAGGAACAAUACAGAAUGCGUUUGGGAAAUUGUGGCUAACGUAGGUUAUCACAUUGGUUUGACCUUUGUGGAAAGAUUUAACAUAGAAACAAGCAAGGAUUGUCAAAAUGAUUAUGUAGAAAUUUACGAAUGGAAAGAAUUUCAAAAUGACACGGAUCAGUGGAAAUCUCUAGGAAGAGUUUGCGGGCGUGAACCACCGCCGCCUUUUAACACAACAAAUAAUAGAAUGCUGGUUAAGUUUGUUUCAAACGACAAAAUUGAAGGUGAAGGGUUCAAAGCUAUUUGGAACUCAAAUUGCGGAGGAGUUUACGAAGUGACAGAGAAUAUAAAAUACAUUGAAUCGCCGAAUUAUCUUUCAAUAUACCCUGCUAACAGCUACUGUAAUUAUACGCUUAUUGCUCCCGAGCAACAAGAAAUAGUCGUCGAUUUUACAUACUUUUCCGUAGAAGGAAACAGUGCUGAUUGCACAUUCGACAAUGUGACUAUUUAUUUCUAUCAAGGUGACUGGCUACGAAGCCAAAAUACGUGGUGCGGUAACAACUCUCCAGGAAGAAAACUCGCAAAGGGUCGAAUGGAAAUAAUAUUCAGAUCGGAUAAUUCUGUAAGCCGCGCUGGCUUCAAAUUCAAGUAUUCCUUCAAUGAUUGUGGAGGCAUUAUAACAUCACCAAGGAUGAUAAAUCCCGUAAUGGAGCAUGAUCCUGACUCGUUCGGAUACAUGAGAUGCCAGUGGACUGUAGUAGCUCCGCUCAAAAAGAGCGUUUUGUUGCGUUUCGAAGAAUUCAAUAUUUCACAACCUUUCGACAACUGUAUCGCCAAUUCGGUGCAAGUAUAUGAAGGAAAUUCGACAAAUCAAUUGGACCGAAAAGCAAAAUUCUGCGGGGAUCUAGGUUCCAAGUUGCCAGUCGUGCAAUCUAGUGGAAAUGUCAUGACUAUUACCUUUGACGAAGGUGCAUACGUGAGAAGAGAAACUAAAUUAAAGGCGGCAAUACUUUUUGUCAACGGUCCUGAACAAGGUUGUGGAGGCAAUAUAAAUGUUACUCGUGAAAGGCAAUUCCAGACGCAAUCGACCGAGUACUACGAGCCCUUGCAAGACUGCCACUGGCUGAUCAACUCGCCACCAGGAACUAAUAUUCAAUUCACUAUAAAUGAAAUCGAUAUUAAAAACUCAACGUUUAAUGAUACUCUAGUAAACAAACGCAUGUCUUGCUACAGCGAUUUCUUAGAAGUUCGAGACGGUGGACCUUACGCUGAGCUAAUUGGCCAUUAUUGUGGAAAUACUGUUCCUCCACCGAUAAGUACCACGUCUAAUUUAAUCUGGAUCAGAUUCGUUUCCGAUGGAGUUAACGAAGGACGCGGUGUUAGAGCAACACUAAAAACAGUGACGUCACCAUGCGGAUUGACUAACUUAUUCGUCGGCAAUGACUCUCAAGUUCUGACGUCUCCAAGUUAUCCGAACGCGCACCCAUCAGAUAUCACUUGUAGAUGGACUAUACGCGAAUCCGAGGCCUAUAGACACAGAAGAGUGAAAAUCAGAUUUAGGGAUUUCAAUUUGGAGGAUUCGGAAAAAUGUGAAAGUGAAUAUUUACAAAUAUCGGAUAUGGAUAGCCGAGCAUUUAUUAGCGAAGGGUUUGGAGAACAAUUUAUCGUCGGAGGAUCCAAAAAUCGGUUCCACAAUGUCAAAAUAGCUAGCCGUGUACCUCUAUCAUUCUUUAGAUACUGCGGUGAAGUAAUACCCCAUGACUACUUCAGCAAUUAUAAAAACGUAGAAAUAACAUACAAAGCAAUCGGCAGUCGGGGCAAAAAGGGCUUCAGGCUUGAAUACGGCAAAGCUAGUUGCACUCGACGAUACACAAGUAUACAAGGUAGAAUUAUUAACGACGACAUUACGGAUUGCCACAUCACAAUCGAAGUGGCAAAAAAUUCCACUAUAAGCAUGUACUUCAACCACUUUUUCCUACCGGGAUCGCUCGAUUGUUCUAAAUCUGCUAUGGAGAUACGGGACGGAGGACCAGAAGGCAAAAUUAUACAAUCUGUGUGUAACUUUGAAACGCCGAACCCAAUAUUCAGUACAGGAAAUGUUAUAAGCAUCCAUGUUUUUGCUGCCAAAGAGGGAGUUUAUCAAAGCAAUGCUUACGAUAUAACGUACACGUCGUCGACAGCAGGAAGAGGAUGCGGUGGAGAGCUUUACAAUUACGGCGGCACCUUUACAUCGCCGUUUUAUCCAAAUCCUUAUCGGAAUAGAAGCGUUUGCGUUUGGGAAGUCAGCGUUCCGCGGGGAAUGAAAGUUUCUCUACAAUUUAGUAAUUUCGACAUUGGGCCGAAGAAUAUGUGCGAAUCGGAUUAUUUGACUAUAUCGGAAGUACAAUCUAUUGGAGGUGACGAGUCCGUUACGUACUGCGGUGGUGAUACACCAGCAGAUUACAAAUCGCGAAACGACCGAGUGCUAGUUACAUACUCUACCAGCGUGAAUAAUGGCGGUUCUGGUUGGGUUGCGCACUUUGCAGCACUGUAAUUUCAUUACUCUUAGCCCGUACAUCUUUCAUUACUCCAUUUGUAUAAGCAAUCAUGAUGUUUUUAUACUGAGCACAAGCAAUCGUGUAAAUAUACCUGACUACUGUGUGUCAAUUUAUUGCAAUAUACUUUUUUAAAUCGACCAA